AUGUCCCGAAUCUCUUAAGAGACGUCCAAUCUCUCUCUCUCUGUCAGUUUUCUAUAUAUUGGAACAAAUCAGAGCCGUGCAAAAUCACUGCAAUAUUCACCCUAAACUUCUAGAUCUCCGUUGAUACGUACCCGCAUUUGUAGCUAGAUCUUCAACCCCAUUUUUAUUUUUUUUUUGUUUCAUAAUCCUCGAUUAUUCUUGAUCUUCUGGAUAAUCAACCUCGGGCAAUCAAUUUACUGUAUAUUCCUGAGUUUAGUGUUGGAGAAUUGGUGGAGCGCUUGUUUGGACUGCAGAGAAAGAUUAAGGGAAAUGGCCGGAAAUCCCCUGCGCCUGAAGUCCUUGAAUCACAUCUCCCUUGCGUGCAGAUCAUUGGAGAAAUCUUGUGACUUCUACCAGAAUGUUCUCGGUUUCUUUCCUAUAAGAAGGCCAGGCUCCUUUGACUUCGAUGGUGCAUGGCUAUUCAAUCAUGGUGUUGGCAUACACCUCAUCCAAUCUGGAGACCCUGAUAACAUGCCCAAGAUUAGCCAUAUCAAUCCCAAGGACAACCACAUUUCUUUCCAGUGUGAGAGCAUGGCAACGGUGGAGAAAAUGUUGAAGAAGAUGAAGAUAGAGUACAUAAAGAGUAGGGUAGAGGAGGGUGGCAUUUACGUGGAUCAGCUUUUCUUCCACGACCCCGAUGGCUCCAUGAUUGAAAUUUGCAACUGCGACAAUCUACCAGUUAUUCCUCUUGCCGAUCAGCAUGACAUGACCCGCAUCGUCCGAUCAUGCUCACUUCUCAAUUGCACUAAAUCAUGUCCAGAAGCAACAGCAGCUGCAAAUUCAAGCACAACUGCACAAGCGGUACUACUGCAAAUGACAGUACUACAGCAACAGCAAUUGUCAUGAUCAGUACUAAAGGAAGUGGAAUUAUCGACCUCCCUUUGCGUGAAGCAAAUUCCUAAAGAUCGAGCAUUUGUCUUAUUCCUGUAUAUAUACAUGUCAUAGUGAAUAAAAAGAUGUUAUUUUA